CGAGCGCAACGGCUGCGGGGAGCCGUCGGCGCGUCACAGAGGGCGGCGGCGGCCGUUGGCCGUUGGAAGGCGCUCGCCCGCGCGUGCCCGGCCCGCGGCGUCAGCGGAGUGAUUAUUUGAUCGACGCACUCGACUCCCCAGAGAACUGUUGCAGAUAGAAGAUGGGGCAGCACUGUCCGCAGGAGCGGGCUAUCUGAGAUUCAGGAUCUUCAAAAUGGCAUUAGCAGCGAUUGAUCCACAGCAGAAUGUUGUAUCGAGGGUUGUCAACCUUCCUUUGGUGAGCUCUACCUAUGAUAUGGUGUCCACAGCUUAUGUCACCACAAAGGAUAACCAUCCUUAUUUGAAGUCAGUAUGUGAGAUAGCAGAGAAAGGAGUGAAGACAAUUACUUCAGUAGCCAUGACGAGUGCUAUGCCUAUCAUCCAGAAGCUGGAACCACAGAUUGUAGUUGCCAACAACUAUGCAUGUAUGGGUCUAGACAAAAUUGAAGAGAGACUGCCUAUACUGAAUCAACCCACUGACAAGGUUGUUGCCAAUGCCAAGGAUGUAGUUGUUGGAGCCCGGGAAGCUGUAACAACCACUGUGACUGGUGCCAAGGAAACUGUUGCCCACAAAAUCACUGGAGUUGUGGGCAAGACUAAAGAAGCAAUGCAAGACAGUGUAGAAAUGACCAAGUCAGUUGUCAAUGGCAGCAUUAACACUGUCCUGGGAAGUCGUGUGGUGCAAAUGGUUAGCAGUGGAGUGGACAGUGCGCUCACUAAAUCGGAGACUCUUGUAGACCAGUAUCUCCCACUUACAGAAGAGGAGCUAGAGCAAGAAGCUACAAAAGUUGAAGGAUUUGAAGUUGGAGUUCAAAAGCCAAGUUACUAUGUUAGACUAGGAUCCCUAUCUUCAAAGGUCCGUGCACGUGCCUACCAACAAGCCUUAAACAAAGUUAGAGAUGCUAAGCACAAAAGCCAGGAGGCAAUCUCUCAGCUCAACCACACUGUUAAUCUGAUCGAGUAUGCCAGAAAGAACAUGAAUAGUGCCAAUCAGAAACUUCUUGAUGCUCAGGAAAAACUAUAUCAAUCCUGGGUAGAAUGGAAGAAAAAUACAGGCCAAAAUGAUGGUGAUGAAUCGCAUAGCGCUGAGCACAUUGAGUCAAGAACUCUAGCUAUUGCACGAAGCCUCACUCAGCAGCUUCAGACCACCUGCCUCACACUGGUCUCAAGCAUACAGGGGCUUCCACAGAAUGUGCAGGACCAGGUUUACAGUGUUGGGUCAAUGGCAGGUGAUGUCUACCAAAGCUUUCGGUCAGUAUCUUCCUUCCAAGAACUGUCAGACAGCUUUCUUACCACUAGCAAAGCACAACUGAAGAAAAUGAAGGAGUCUCUGGAUGAUGUGAUGGAUUAUCUUGUUAACAACACACCGCUUAACUGGCUGGUUCCAGAUUUCACUAUUACAGACUUGUCUUCUGAGUCAGAUGAUAUCCCAGACAUUUUGGAUUUGGAUGAAGAAGAUCAACAAGACUUUUCACGCACAAAUGGCCCUUUCACUGCAGGGCAAAGAGCUGAAUAAAGAAAAGGCAUAAAAAUGGCUUUUUGAUCUGGUGUAUUGUCACAAUGUUUAACUUAUAUAAAGAUGAAACUACCUAGCUUUGGGGUUUUGUUUUCCAGGUUGGGGGGGGGGGGGGUGAAUCAGCACUAUUUCACUUAGUGUCAUCAAAAUUCUGAUUUUUUUUUCUCCUGCAUGCGAGGUUAAUUCAAUAGCAUGAGUGUCAAACUCCUGUCCUGGAAGCCAGAUAUAGCCUAAUCAGUGUAUCCCACUGAUCUAAUCUUUGCUAAUGAUUUGUACUGAUACUUGUUCUCCUGCUGGCAGUAGCCAAGAAAACAUGCCAGUGCUUUACACAAAGGUAUGCCAACAAAAGGAGCUGACUCGUAUUCACUGGGAAAAUUUCCCCUUUCAGCCUAUGUGUAAAGUGCUUCUGCAUCUACCUCUGCUGCUGGAAGGGGUAACAGACCUUAGCUGGCUCAGAUUUUCUCAGGUGGUUCUUGCUGGGCUCGAAUCUAGCAAUAGUGCUUUAUGCAAGAAAGGACUCCAUUUCCUUCUGCAUGCCUCCUGCGUGCAAGAAUUUUGGCCAUCUUGAUGCUGUUGGUUGUGGGGCCUGAAACUAGAAGAAAUGAUUAAAAAUGUCUUACAGUAAUAAAGAAGACAGCUGAGAAAGAAGGGGGAAAACACUGGAAAGAGCAAGGAAAAAGAGAAGGAAAAGGAGGGAUACAAACAGAUGUGGGACAAAAGCACAUUCAAAGAAAGAAUAAUGGAGAAGAAAGUGAAUUGAAAGUGGUAAUUUUUCUGGUGACAGUGAACAUCUUUGAACAUACCUGAACUAAGUAUUUUCUAAGAAAUAAUGAAUCUGCAUUUGCUUGCACACAGUAUGAUUUCAGUAGGUGAUUUGGGUACCUAGGAACUCGAUUAGAGGCAAGAUGGUUAUGUUUCUAUAUAUGGGUCGUGUCAAACUUCCUAUGCAGAAAUCUUGUUGGUGUCACUGGGGUGGCUGUAAGAGAUCUGGAGAUGUUACGUGGUGCUACUUUUGUACACCUGCUGAUUCUGCAUAGAAAUGUUUCUUGGCGCAAUAUAGCUGUGAGGUUGGCACCUCUACUCUCUAAUAACAUAACGCUUGAUGUGAAAACUUUAUAGUCACUGAAAAUGCCUUGAAAUAAACGUUUGAAUUAUAUAA